UGAAUUUGUUGCGAUAUCUGCGUCAUUUCUUCCCCCCAGCAUCAUGUCUGCCACUGUCCAGACCCGGGUUGUUGAUAUAGAUCGGCUAAUUCCCCGCGUGGUCAGUAAGGAUCGUGAAGAGAACGACGUAAAACUUCUUCUUCCGUGGGUCUAUAAGCAAAUCAACGUUGCCCGGGGGACUGACUUGUUCGACUGGCCCGAUGGGAUCAUGAAUUUCGCUUCCUGUUCGAGGAGUUCUUCACUUACCAGACUGCUCUUACCCACAAAGCACAUAGCUCCAUUGGCCCUACAACAUCCAGAGGGGAGAUUGUGCUGCCCCGAAUGAACUGGAAGGUGACGGGGCGAGAGUCCCAUCGCCAUCUCAUCUCCUCACAAGGCUUCAUACUACGGAUUUUAAUGCAGAUGGUCUAUAGGAAGCUCAAGAGGGUCAUGGAACAGGAACAGACGCAGGGUCUCGAGAUUCGGUCCCCUAAUUCGAUAUCAUCAUCCAAGUAUGUGAUAGGGCGUCAAAUGUAUGCCAGCAGGCCGGUGGGUCAGGUGAC